AUGUGCGAGAAGACACUCAGGUUCAUUGAAAAGAGCGUUAUCGACGAGAUAAGAGAGCUCGCAAGAUAUGCACCAUACGAAGAUAUAAAGGAGUUUGUGAAUCCCUGGACAGCAAGUGAAGUCCAUGGCAUCCUGAAUGACAUAUCUGCAAUCAAAGCAGCCAUUGAUGACCAGUAA